UAACCGGGGGAGUUUCUGUGAACGGCAGUCUCGCAUUAGAAGUUACGUGUCGACGUUUCUACGGGGUGAAUUUUUAUUUUUAAUUAACACCACCAGAAAAUCGGAAUUCUGUUCACUCAGUGACUAACUACAUUAGCCAAGUUUAAUUAAUCUGAAAUAUGGCCUCUGAAGGUGGUCUAGCACCAGAUGCAGCUGCAGGAACAGGGACUGACGGCAUUGUUGGUGGGCCUAGGACACCCCAACAAAUUGCCUCCCAGAAGCGAUUGCAGCAGACACAAGCGCAAGUUGACGAAGUUGUCGACAUCAUGAAGACAAAUGUGGAAAAAGUCCUCGAGCGCGAUCAGAAAUUAUCUGAACUCGACGAUCGAGCUGAUGCCCUUCAACAAGGUGCCUCGCAGUUCGAACAGCAAGCAGGAAAAUUGAAAAGAAAGUUUUGGCUGCAGAAUUUAAAAAUGAUGAUUAUAAUGGGGGUCAUCGGUCUCAUUAUCCUGGCCAUCAUUGUCGCUAAGUUUAUGCCAGAAUCGCCUCCAGCAGCGCCCCAAGGCCCAAUUUACCAAUACGGCCCACCCCCAGGUGCUCCAGCCCCCCCAGCACCAGCUCCAGCAUCAGGUGGUGCACCUCAAACAGCUCCAGCUGCUCUCGUUGGCUCACUCAACCAAGGAAUUCUCCGCAGCGUAAUGUAAAAAUAUCGAGACAUCUCACAAGAGAAUAGGAAAAAAAACUACUCUAAGAAGAAUUCCAACGAACGAUUUCAUUUGAAUCCAAACGGAUGAUAAUUUAUUAUUUACCUUAAAUUUCUUAAAUAUCAACUUAAUAUUACUGAAAAUAUAUUUAACAAUUAGUUAAUACGCUGAAUACCCUUAUCGAAUACACUCGAUUUAUUGUACGAAUUCCCCGAUAAAUUACGAAAUAAUUAUAAUCUAUACGAGGAGUUAUGAGAUGCCGGUGAAUAAUUCAAAUUAAAUGACAGAAAAAGAGAUAUUAAUUAAGUAGAAAGAGCGAUGAGAUUAAUAUUUCACAGUAAUAUAUAAUCCAAUGUGCAGAGUGAGCUGAUAUAUGUUGUAUAUAAAUAAAUAUACGUCAAGUCAAUGCAAGACUAUUGUUUCAAUAAUUCAAAUCAAUGAAGCGAUGAGAUUUAAAGAUGAUCAUGUUUUUGUCAGUGAUUGAAGGUUUUAACAAGCGCUUGAUAAUUACGUAUUUAGAUUCCUAAUGAAUAUUGACGAGGAAAAAACACGCCUUUAAUUGAUGCAUGCCACUAUUAUAUUUCACUUAGGAAUUCCAUUUUUUUAGUCAACAUAUAUUUUUCAACAAUUUUCUUUUACCAUCUUUGUGUAUUUCAUGCUUUAUGGUGAAUCACAGAAGUGAAGAGUUAAUAUUAUGAAUUAUUCAGUCUUUAAUUGAUGAUAAAUAAACCCCAUUCAUGUUGUACAUGUAUUAUAAUAAAGUAGAAAUAUAUUAUAUAUAUAUAUAUA